AUGCAGCUGUACAUUUGCCACCGAGACAGGGACCAAACACAAGUACCAAGCGCAGGCGGAAGUGUUAAAGAGGCUAUCAGGAUGGUUUUGGAAGCUACUGUGUUGGUUGUCGAUAAUUCUGAGUACUCAAGGAAUGGGGACUUCCCGAAGACACGGUUUGAAGCGCAGAUUGACGCUGUUGAGUUUAUCUUCCAAGCCAAGCGGAGCAGCAACCCGGAAAACACAGUGGGGUUGAUAUCAGCAGCUGGAAGCAGUCCACGCGUUCUUUCAACGUUUACCGCGGAGUUUGGCAAGAUCUUGGCGGGGCUACAUGACACGACGGUGGGGGGGAGCAUUCACCUCAGCACGGCAAUCCAGAUCGCGGCUUUGACGCUCAAGCACCGGCAGAACAAGGUACAGCACCAGCGCAUUGUGGUUUUUGUAUGCAGUCCGAUCAGCGACGAGCGGGAGGAGCUUGUGCGGCUGGCGAAGAAGCUAAAGAAGAACCACAUUGCGGUGGACAUCGUGAACUUCGGGGAGGAGGCCGCCAACACCGCGAUCUUGGAGGAGUUUGUUGCUGCGGUCAACAACAGCCAGGAGGACAACAGCCAUUUGUUGACAGUGUCCCCGGGGCCGCGCCUGCUAUACGAGCACAUUGCGAGCUCACCGAUAGUGCUUGAGGAGGGUGCGACCGCUCCGGGCAUGGGCGCCUUUGGGGGCGAUGACUACAUGGACUUUGCCGUGGAUCCAUCCAUGGACCCUGAACUGGCCAUGGCGCUGCGACUAUCGAUGGAAGAAGAGCAAGCUAGACAGGAACGCUUGCGGCAGGAGCAGGAUGCGAAGGGCAAGUCCGAAGAACAGCAUUAG